AUGAAGACGGGUGCAUCGUUAUCGUCACUGGACUUGACACGGCCAAGAUCCGAGCUUCUCACCACAGUUUCUCAUAUCACCAUACCACUACUUCUCUCUACACCAGAAAGUGAGCCUCGAGUUCGGCAAUUAUUACCAGGAACAUCCUUGGUCAUUGUGCACCCGGAGCAACGCCAGGAUGACGAGCUGUGGAAGGUGUUCGACCCAGACACAGAUGGUGACUUCUUCGAAGAUUUCCACGGCCAAGACUGCGUCAAGGUUCCUGAGAAAGCCGUUGAGAGUAUCCAUGUCGAGCGCAUUGAGAUCAGCGGGCCCUCAUCCGACUCUUCAGAGACCGCUUCUCAGGAUGGUCUGGGGUCCGGGGUUCCGGCCUUUUCCCUUCUCAAUGCCUCUACUGGGCUCCAGAGGAUCUCCAAGAUUUCUGACCAGGCGGCGCUGGGUUGCAACUUCCAAUCGCUACUGGUAGUGCAACCUGUUGCCCAGGAAGAUUACGACACUCAGGAGCGAUACUUCCUCAGCGAGAUUUCUGAUGCCCGCGGAACGCAAUGGCAGGACUUCAGCACGUACCCAAUCGUCGUUGAGUGCCAGCUCGAGGCGGAUGGUGCCACUCUACGCAUUGCGUAUGACUCGAACCUGAUAUGCACGGAGCAGAUGGAGCAUGUCGCCCAGGACUUUGAGUUCGCAAUUCGCCAAUUUUCCAACAUAAGUUUAUCCAAGGAGCCAUUGGAGCUGCUAGCAGACGACGGACUUGAUCGCAUCUGGAAGCUGAACGCAUCCGUGCCACAGGCCACCGAAGCACUCAUCCAUGAGCUCAUUUCGCAAAGGGUCAGAGAGGAUCCGUCCGCUCCAGCUAUCUGCGCGUGGGACGGCAACUUCACGUAUCAAGAGGUGGAAGAGCUGUCGACUGCUCUUGCUCUGCACCUUGUUGAAAAGGGUGUGGUGGCGAACAUGAAAGUCGCUUUGCUCUUCGAGAAGACCAAAUGGAUGGCUAUUGCUGCUUUAGCUUGCAUGAAAGCCGGAGGGGCAUGCAUGGCUGUCGAUACCACUCAGCCAGAGGAGCGACUUCGAUCCAUUGUCAGCCAGUCCGAAUGCCCGGUCGUCAUCUCCUCAGUGCCAAAUCAAGAGCUCGCCGGGCAACUCGGUUUCAGCGUGGACAACAUCGUCUUGGUCAAGAUUCGAGGACAACGUGUCGAGCUGGGAGAGAUUGAGCAGCACAUUAUCGCUGCACUUGGUCUCCCGAACGCGACCGUGGUGGUCGACACGAUUCUCCCCAAGGGAUCCAAUGGUCCGGUGCUUGUGGCAUUCAUUAGCAUCGACAGCCGCGAAAAAUGGACAGAGAACGACCACAGCAAGUUUGUCCGGAAGACGACGGAGUCGUUGGCUAACCUUGCCCUGCCAAUCUACAUGGUCCCAGUUGCUUACAUCCCCGUCUUCAAGUUGCCCGUCAUGACCAGUGGCAAAACUGAUCGGCGACAACUUCGGGAGAUGGGCGAAUCUGUUUAUCUGCAAUAUCGCCUAAGCACCGAAGAAGCAAGUGGCACGGAGACUCUGAGCGACAUUGAAGCCAUUCUGCAGCAGGUGUGGAUGUCCAUCCUUAACUUGUCCGCUCAAGAGGCAUCGGUGAACAAGGCUUUCACGAGGCUCGGCGGCGACUCCAUUUCGGCAAUGCAGGUUGUUUCACAGUGCAAGCUUCACAAUCUUGUGUUUACUGACAAGAUUGAAGACGUGGAAGAAGAAGGCGACGAGAUGAAGCCCUUUGAGCUAUCGCCAAUCCAACAAAUGUUCUUUGAUGCCUAUCCCGAAGGACUCGACCAUUUCAACCAAAGCUUCAUGCUUGAGUUAAGCCGGCCAGUGGACGGAGCCACGCUUUACGACGCCACGCGCGCACUUGUCAACCGCCAUCCAAUGCUACGGGCUCGAUUCGCAAAGGAUCUCGAGCUCGGCUCCUGGACGCAGCGCAUCGUUGAAGAAGGCGAUUCACUGGCGUUCGGGUUUGCCGAGCACUUUGUUCAGACCCGUGACCAGGUCGUUGACGUUGGACAAACCCGCCAAGAGUCCAUGAGCCUCCAACACGGCCCGGUGUUUUCCUGCGACCUCUUCCACAUCACCAAUGGUAGCCAGAUGGUCAUCCUCUCUUCACAUCAUGCCGUCGUCGACUUGGUCUCAUGGCGCAUCAUUUGGAACGACAUCGAAGAUUACCUCAGCGGAGGCAAACUAUUAAGUGAGCCGACAGCUUCGUUCCGAUCAUGGGUCAGGCGGCAGGCAAGGGUCAGCAGCAAGGCAUCGCCUUUCUCUGUGCUUCCAUACUCCAUACCAGCGCCUGAUCUAGACUUCUGGGGUCUGCCUCUGUCCGAGAACACUUUCUCUAACUGCGACGCGUACAACGAAACGUUCCCUGCGGAUGUCACAGCGUUGCUGUUCGGAGAUGCCAAUGAGUGCCUUCGCACGGAACCAAUUGACAUUAUUAUUGGUGUCAUGGUUUACGCGUUCGUCCAAAUUUUCCCGGAGAGAGAUGCCCCAGUUGUGUGGAUUGAAGGUCACGGCAGAGAGCAAUCGGAUGAACUACCGCUCGAUGUAUCGUCCACUGUCGGCUGGUUCACAACUCUGCACCCCCGCCCGAUUCCGAUCAACCUCCAAAGCUCCGUCCUUGAAGCCAUCCGCCUGGCGAAAGACAGAAGACGCCAAAUACCCGGCAAAGGCCAGCCGUAUUUCGCCUGCCGCUAUCAUAGUGAAUCCGGUCGCGAGGAGUUCCAGGGGCAAGACACCACGGAAGUGACGCUCAACUUUACGGGCCGAUAUCAACAAUUGGAAGGAGACGAGGGUCUUUUCCGACGCCCAGAGUACCUCGGACACGAGCAACGAGACAUAGCCGAGGUUUCGGGCUCGGCGCGACGCUUCACCAUGGUCGAGAUCAAUGCCGACAUCGAAGAGAACAUGCUGGCAUGCUCUUUUGCGGUCCACAAGAAGAUGAAGCAUCACGGUCGCAUCAUUGAGUGGCUCGAGCUCUUUGGAGAUACUCUCAAUGCGGUCACGAAGGAUUUGGCGGGCGCUUCCCCUCGGUUCACACUAACCGACUUUCCUUUGCUACCUCUGUCGUACGACGGCUUGGAUGUGUUGCAGCAUGAGCAAUUGCCUAGUCUGGGAAUUGAGCCGGCCGUUAUUGGGGACAUUUAUCCUUGCUCGCCUCUCCAAGAAGGCAUACUUCUCAGUGCCCAGAAAGAAGCCGCCUCGUAUUCGACGUUCUCUGUGUUCCAAUGCGUACCGACUGAUGGCACCACGCCGGUCUCGCCAUCCCGUCUCGAGCAAGCCUGGAAGACAGUCGUCAGCAGACACACAAUCCUUCAGUCUAUUUUCACUCUGCACCCUGAAGGAAACGGCUUCAUUCAGAUUGUGCUGCCCGGGUCACACAUCCGACUAGCCCAGCUCACCACUCAAGAAGAUCCUGCGGCAGUCUUGAGUCAACUUUCGAGACCAGACUUUGCUCCGAAUGAGCCCGAACACGCCUUCACAAUAUGUCAAUCUCACACUGGCGAAGUAGCUUGCAGACUUGAUGCGAGCCACAGCUUCCUCGACGCGUCUAGCAUGUCAAUUAUCGUGCAAGACAUCAUCAGCGCCUACGACGGCUGCGACAUGGUGCCGGCCACGCCAUUCGGAGAUAUGAUCAACUACAUCAGCAGCAUUCCUCGGGCGCAAAGGAUCGCGUCUUGGACUAAGCUGCUCAAAGGCGUCCAGCCAUGCGAAUUCCCUGUGACUAGCUCGCAUUCAGCCGGUGCUGAAACCCACAGUGAUCUUUCCAUCCCGGCCGAAGCCAUUGAGGGAGUUUCGGACUUCUGCAAGAAGCUGGGCAUCACCCGUUCGGUCUUCAUUCAAGUAGCUUGGUCCAUGGUUCUUGCGCAUUUCAACGGUACAUCCGAAGCCUGCUUCGGCUAUCUUGCCUCUGGCAGAGAUUCACCCCUUGACGGUAUCUGGACCAUGGUUGGCCCCUUGGCCAAUCUACUCAUCUCACGCGUGGACUUGACUUUGCCCCCAAGGCAAGUCUUGGAGAAGGCAUCACAAGACUCAAUACAACAUUUGUCAAUACAACAUACUUCACUCGCAGAGAUUCAACAUGAGCUGGGCCUUUCCGGGCAGCGGCUGUUCAAUACUGCCUUAUCGAUUCGAGAGGCGGACAAGUUCAAGGCCGGCGACGACAGGACGGUCGAGUUCCAACCGUAUAAUGGCGAGGAUCCGCACGAAUAUGAUCUGAGCCUAUCGGCCAAUCUCGAUGCGGGUAGCAUGGACAUUGUGAUGGAGUUUCGCGAGCCAUAUGUGGACAGACGUGCAGCGGAGGAUGCGGCUCAAGUCUUGAUCGAAGCAAUCCGGCAUCUGUUGCGCACCGACAUCGAGGGCCCCGAGAUGCUCAACACAGUCGACACCCUUUCCAAGGGCUUUUUCAGGCACAUCACUGGCGCGGAUGAGGAUUCCGUGAGAGCUUUCUGGAGUGGUCAAUUCCAUGGCAUCGAAGGCUCUCAUUUUCCGCCUACGCUGAGGGCCAUCGACCACCCGCGACAGAAGAGUGAGGUCGUGUUGGACUUUGGCAGCCUCUAUUGGGAUGCCCACAGCGGCUUGACGGCGGCUACAUUGAUGAAAGCCGCCUGGUCAGUCGUAACCUGCCGACUUCUCGACUCAACCGAGGCGUUGUUUGGAUCGACGGCCACCGCCAGUCAGGCGAUCUUGCCAGUACGCGUCUUGGUCGAUCCCAGUUCAAACGUCGGCGACCUGCUACAUGCGGUCCAGGCUCAGGCUGCAAAGAUGGCCGCGUUCUCGAGAAGUCAGCUGUAUCACAUCCGCUCCUUGGGCCACGAAGCAGCGCUGGCUUGCGAGUUUCAGACUGUCUUGCUUGUGACUGAUCAGAGCAGCGACGGUCGUGGCGAAGAGAGCGAAACGGCGCUCGACGUUAUGAGUGAUGGUGGAAUGGGGCGAUUCGAGAAAUGCGCCCUUUUUGGCGAAUUUCGUCAGUCACCAGACAGUAUGAGAAUGUCGCUGCGAUUCGACGGAGCAGUGAUUGAAGAGACCCAGAUUGUCCGAUUGGGCCACCAGUUCGAGCAAGUCCUCCGGCAGCUCAUGCAUCCAGAUCUCCGGCACACCAAGCUACGAGAUGUUGCCGUCGCAAGCACUCAAGACGUCCGCGACAUCUGGGUUUGGAACUCUGUCGUACCAGAUGCCGCUGAAACCUGCGUUCAUGAUCUGAUCAUCCAGCGAGCCCGGCAGCGACCACAUGACCCUGCUAUCGCGGCCUGGGAUGGUACGUUGACAUAUGGUCAACUUCAUGAGCAGUCGGAUUGUCUCGCUCACGAGCUGGUCAAACGUGGAGUUGGCCGUGGUUCAAUUGUGCCGCUCCUCUUUGAGAAAAGCAUGUGGAUGGCAGUGGCUGCAUUGGCGGCGAUGAAGGCCGGGGCAGCGGCGGUGGCUACGGACACCACGACUCAACCUGAGGACAGACUGCGAACCAUGGCAGCACAGGCCAAUGCUCGCCUGUGUCUCAGCUCAGAGUCGAAUCGAGAUCUUGCAGGUCGACUAGGCAUUGACGAUGUCGUGGUCGUGAGCCAGAACACAGAUUUUGCACAGGUUGCUCCCGGAACGAAUCUUGCCUCAGUCAGGCCUUCAGACAUCCUCUAUGUUGUCUUCACUUCGGGCAGUACGGGCACGCCAAAGGGGGCCAAAGUCACGCAUCGAAACAUUGCCACCGCAUUGCACCAUCAGAGAGAAGCGCUUGGGUACUCACAGUCCUCGCGAGUCCUGGAUUUUUCCUCUUACGCCUUCGAUGUCUGCUGGUCAAACAUGCUGAACGCGCUCACGGCCGGGGCAUGUCUCUGUGUACCCUCCAUGGAAGAGCGUCAGAAUGACCUGUCUGGGACGCUGAUAAAGUACGGCGUGACGCUGGCGGACUUUACUCCCUCAAUCGCACGACAUACGGUUGGCCUGGAAGGCCUGUCUACUCUGAUCCUCGGCGGAGAAGUCGUUCUGCCGACUGAUCGGGCGUUGGCGAGUGCAACAGCCAAGGUUUGCAGCGCGUACGGCCCAGCUGAGUGCACCCCUACGGUGACGAUCCUGGACUUGACAGAAGCGGGCGAGGGCGGACUCGGUCGAGGGGCCGGAGUCGUGACAUGGGUCGUCGACCCAGACAAUGCCGACCAGCUCGCACCCAUUGGGGCUCCAGGCGAGUUGUGGCUCGAGGGGCCUCUCGUUGGAGAUGGAUAUUUAAACGACACCGAAAAGACAAUGGCCGCCUUUGUGCAAGACCCUGCUUGGCUGGUCUGCGGCAUCCCUGGCGAGCGCUCCGGUAGGCGAGGAACAGUCUACCGUACCGGUGAUCUCGUCCAGUACAAUGACGACGGUUCCUUACGAUUCAUCGGCCGGAAAGACUCGCAAGUCAAGAUUCGAGGGCAGCGUGUCGAACUGGAGGAAGUUGAAUACGGCGUAAAAAAUGCGCUCGACCUGUCGACUGUGGGAAUCGCUGGUGCGCAAGUCGUCGCCGAAGUCAUUCAACCUCAGGGCGCUGGGCAAAAGCUCCUUGCUGCAUUUGUGGCACUUGACGACGCCGACAAGGACUACGAGGCUGCGGUCAAGAAGCUCACGGCGGGACUGAAUGACCGACUUGCCCGCACUCUUCCCCCAUUCAUGGUCCCUUCAUUAUACGUGCCUCUGAAGGCAAUCCCGAGAGUCUCCUCCGGCAAAGUUGACCGGCGUCAACUCCGCGCCAUUGGCAACAGUCUCACGGCAAAGGACGUUGCCAUGCUCGGUCGCGCCGACGGCGAACGGCGCCCACCGGAAACAGACGCUGAGAGGACAAUGCAGCAGCUUUGGAUAGAAAUACUCAAGGUGGAUCCCGAGACUGUGAGCGCCGAUGACAGUUUCUUCCGGAUCGGCGGUGACUCAAUUGGGGCAAUGCGCCUGGUCAGUCUGGCAAGGCAGCGAGGUGUGUCACUGCAGGUCAGGGACAUCUUCAAGAAUCCGAUUCUUCGCGACUUGGCUGCCUUGGGAUCAUGA